UUUUGAAUCUCUUGUGAUGGCUUCGGUAUCGGAACCAACAGCGCCGAUUGUGGAGCAACCGACAGGCCCAUCGCAUGCUCCCUUCUCCUUGGGCAUACUGGUCAAGGUGAAGACGAUGCAGCAACAGAAUGGGCUGAGGCAUCAGGACUACCACCGCUAUCGUCAGUACUGUUCGAGACGGCUUCAUCGCAUCCGGAAAGCUACCAAGCUCACCAACGGCCGCGAGAGAUUCAAGAAGUGUUCGAUACCGGACGAUUUCGAUCUCGAUAAGGUGUUGGAAAUUCCCCUGGUCUCGGCUGAGCGAGCCUGGGCCUAUUCAGCUGAGCUCCUAGGUGUCUAUGCUCAGUUCAUAGAGGACAAGCCUGCCCUGAGAUAUCAUGGAAUCGGCAGGCUGCGCAAAGCAGUGAGAUAUGCACAGAUUCUGCUCGCCAUGUGCAGAUUGCAUUGUGACAGUCGUACGGUCAUGGAGGCCGAGGCUUACGAGAACUUUAUGUCGGGUGUUCUCGAAUUCAACUUGGAGAAUUAUCCAACAGCUCUGGAGAAGCUGUCAGUUGCCGAAGGUCUUUAUAAGAAGCUCUCUGUUCUCUCCACGGGCGGGACCGAGAAAGAAGUGAAGUUGGAGAAAGCGUAUUAUGCCCAGAUGUUAGACUCCGAUAUCGCACCGAAGCUCCGUCAGUGCCGGUACUACACUGAUGAGGGCCAUCCCGUCGUGCGGAGAAAGGAGAGCUCAGUUGUUGAGGAAGGGGCGAAGGCAAGCAAGAACCAGGUGGCGAUUCUACAGCAGAUCGCUGCUGUGAAGGCUCGUGGAGACGCUCAAGGAGAUGUGAUGUCCUUGGAGGAGUACUAUGAGGCGACCGAGGACAGCAUUUCGGCGGCAAUUGAUGGAUGUUCGGAGAUCGCUGGGUUGUGUCAGGAAGUUUUGUCGAAAAUUCACUCGGAAAUGGUAAAGCCUUCUGAAGAGGCUGGUGGGGUAGACUGGGCAGCCCAUGAAGUUGAAGUGAGAAAGAUCAGCGAGGACGUAUCGGGCGAGCGCAGUUUGCUGUUGAUAUAUGGACUACUCGCCAGAAUCCGGUCAUUGAGUGCUUGGAUUGGCACAUCUAAGGCGAGAAUAGUCGUUAAACCAGAAGAAGGGGUACGCCUGUGCGAUAUGCUGUUGGAGAACGUUGAGAAGGCAGAAAAGGAGGCGGUCAAAGAUCUCAGGUUGUACUUCCUCGCCCUUUCACAUGCAUCGGGUGGUAAGGUUCCCGAGGCGAUUUCGUUGCUACAGCUGUUGGAGCAGCGCUCAGCCACUGAGCUCGAGGAGAGCAAGACUCGUCUAGCUAGGGCCGUACUGCGCUUGAGAGCCGACCUACUGCCAGCGGCUGCUGUGCAGUGGCGACUUAAGUGUCUGUUGCACAUGGUUGGAGAGAAAGGGACUCAGCCUAUGGAGAGCACUUCUGCCGAGAGCACCAAGCUGUUCCCGCCGUCGUUGCAGCCUAUGCCCUGCAAACCGUUGGUUAUCGAUAUGGCCUUUGACUACAUCGCUCCGCCUGACCUGUCUAGGGAAGUAGAGGAGCAUAAGCCUCAGAAGCAAGCCGCGAUGGCCAUUCCUAGGAUGAAACAUGCCUCGGACCACAGUUCAACGAGUGGCUCUGUGAGCAGUAGUGCUGGCAGAGGGGAAAGGACUCGACAACGGAGGCGAAGUGGAGGCCUUCUCAUCCUAUGUGAUUCUUGCUCGGCUUCAUAUCACCCUAGCUGUAUCGGUCUGGACAGGGAGAUUGCUGAAUCGAUGCAGGAUGGUUGGAGAUGCCCAAUCUGUGCAGCCGGGAACUCCGCCGAGGACCGAGAGGGCCGUCUAGUGAGGGUACUACGACGACAGGCCCCAGUGAAAAAUCUAUGGACGUCUCGUUCACCUAUGCAAGCAUUCAGCUUGGAUAAGUAUCUGUCAGCGCUGGUACUCAGUUACGUGUCGAAGCUGUUCUUGGAUGGUGGGAUGAGGCGACGGGCGACCGACUGUGAGAGAAGUGAGCAGGAGUUGAUGGCGAAGGAAGAGGUCAAAGCUAUUUCGGUCGAUCCUCAUUGUGUCAUGAGCUUUGCCGAGAGAGUGCUCGCGUGCAAGCGAUUGGGGAUGUACGAUGAUCCGACCGAAGGUCUCUCGUGGGAACGUGAUAUUGCCACACUGCAAGAGGCCACUGAGGAGGCCGAUGUUGCUACUCUUGUAUGCGGUAAGAAAUGGUCAUCCGGAUCAAGUAGUGUUGCUCCUCUCGAGAAAGGCGAGUACCCGUCCCUCUGUAGCAACUGUGGUGAGGAUCUCGGAGCCAGCAGGGUUGUGCGUUGGAAGCUCGGCCGCUGCCUCAGGUGCCAUUGGCCGGUGACGAAGACGGUGCCUUACGGCGACUUGGUGGAGUCUUUGGUUUGGCCGUCGUUAUAUGCAGAAAUUGGCGUACCAUUUCUGGCCGAUUCGGAAGUCGUGUUCGACACUCUGAGAGUGAUCCGACGCUUGAGGCCGUAUCGACAUCCACAAGAUAUUGGACUCAACGCCUGGAAAUUGCAGGCGUACUUGAUCACACACGUCUUGUACGUGUUGUCAGAGUGGGGAGCGCGGCUCUUGUCACCAACUACGUUACAUUAUGAGUAUAACUUUAUCAAUGAAGCUUUGACCUUGUGCAUGGGUUCGAUUGACGAUCCUGAAUUAUGUGGUGAACUGGUUCAGUGCCUUCGGAUAUUCGAAGCAGGAGGUGAACGAGAGAACAUGUCGUUAUCCCGCAGAAUAUCUGCUGGUGUUUGCUAUCUCUUGUCUCGGCAGUCAGCGACUGAGCCUGGUCGAUGGUCCCGAGGUAGCAAUUGCGGAAUUUAUGUUGACUACCAUACCACUAUGUGUGUGUUGCUGGGUCUGGUGGAGCCUGGCAUCCACUGGCACGCAGAUGAAUUGGUGACGGAGGAGCACACGCUGAGGGUGCAGGAAUGGCUUUCCUUUAUGGAAGAUGAGGAACCGCACCCGUAUGACCAGACAUUCGAUGUCGUCGUUGCAGCCACAGAACGACCACGGCAAAAACACUUACGAACUGGGAUUAAGCGCAAGAUCGGCGAUGGGCUCCUGGAUGAAAAUAACUUUAUAGAGUAUACUAAGAUUGCAGUUGAACGGAAAAGGUCGUUAGUCUUGGCUGAAGCGAAGAAGAGGGACGGCCGUUCAAGUUCACUGAAGGGGAAAGGCGGUGGAUUCCAGAAGGAUGAGAAAUUGCCCGCUGAUUGGACAGAGAUGACCAAGUUGGAGCGACCAGCAGUCGAGGCGGCAUCAGUUACUUCAGUGCGAGGGAAGAAAGGUCGUGUGUCCUGCGCCAUUUGCGGGUGUUCGUUCUCGCGUCUAUGUGAAGCAAUUCGGGUACACCGAUGA